AUGGAUGUUCCUAUGGAUGCUCCUAUGGAUGUCAAGAGCCCCGUCAGCACGACAUGCCCCCGUAUUCAGGCACUCCCGGAUUCCAAGUAUCCAAGUACGGUUACCCAUCCAUACAGGAAAUCCCGCACCAAAAACCCAGGUCUACAGUGCAAAUGGACGGACUCCCAGGUUCGAACCUUCGAGUUGACGACGGAGUACACUCCAUACAUUCCGUCCGCGGCCACCACCGAGUUUCCCUGGGCCCUCAGUCCCUGCCCAACCACAGGGGAGGAAACACACCGUGUUCCGGCUACCUUCGGGUCAACGCCCAAUCUGACCACCCACGAGCACUAG